UAGUAAGUAAUAAUAAUUAUUAAUGGCAAUUAUGAUGAUGGAGAAGAAAAUGUUGUUUGGAGUACAAAAGAAAAGAGUAGCCAUUAAUAAUGGCCUCCACAUGAAGAAGAUCAAAAAGAAGAAAAAUAAUAAUAAUUUGUUCAAAAAAAUUGUUGACUAUCUCAAUCAUGACUCAUACUUGUUUACUCCUUUGACUCAUAAUAGCUCUUCAACUUUCGAUUUUAAGAUUAAUAUGUUUUUUUCAGGUUGGGAAAGAAAAGAAAAAGACAAUAAAAGAUUGGUGAAGAAGAUUGGAGAGUAUCUCAUGUCAGAUUCUUACAUGUAUGCUCCAUUGCUUGCUCCUCAAAAAGGACCUCAAGAGCACAUUAAAAAAGUUACCAAUGAUCAAUUUUCAAAGAGUUCAAUAAAAUUGAAAGGCUGCAAUAAGUUUCCAAAUGAGAUAUUACAAGAUCAAUCACCAUCCAAGGCUCAUCAUGAUCUCCAUGAAAAGGGUAUUCCAAAAAACCGAUCUUUACUCUACAAGGAGACGGUGGCGACACAAACAAUGUACGAAAAUAAUCUUCGAUCGCCCUCGAUUUCAGCUGGUAAAACAACUCAUCACCAAAAGCAAAAAGGUGCAACUUUAAAUGAAAAGGGCAAGCUUGGCUCAAGGAUAAGGAAGGAAAUUCAGUAAUUAGGUAUUAAUUAAAUGUUUUUUUUUUUGGUGUUAAUAUUGUAAAAAAUCUAAGGCCAAUAUCUUUUUUUGAAUUUCCUUGUGUUUGAUGGGCCUCAAAUCUUUACUUGUUGAUAAGGUUUGAUUUUACAAACUAAAAUCAUAUAAUAUGUAAUGUAUAAUGAAAAUUAUUAAUUGUACUUGUCUGAAUCUCUGCAAGAAAUUAUGUCAAUAUUAUUAACCAGUUCUCCCAAAAGUAAUGGCUAAAAUUUGACACAA